GGACCAUGGAGCUCUUUGUCCUGCUCCUUGCUCUCCUUGGGGGCUUGCUGCUACUCCUAGUCAGGGGCCACUCAAAGACCCAUGGGCAUCUACCACCAGGACCCCGGCCCUUGCCGCUCUUGGGGAACCUCCUACAGAUGGACAGAGAAGGACUCCUUAAAUCAUUCAUUCAGCUUCGAGAAAAAUAUGGAGAUGUUUUCACGGUGCACCUGGGACCGAGGCCAGUGGUCAUGCUGUGUGGGACAGAGACUAUAAGGGAGGCUCUAGUGGACCAAGCUGAGGCUUUCUCUGGCCGAGGGACAGUUGCUGUGAUUGAGCAAGUUGUACAGGGAUAUGGUAUGGUCUUUUCCAAUGGGGAACGCUGGAAGACCCUUCGGCGGUUCUCUCUGGCCACCAUGAGGGACUUUGGGAUGGGAAAGCGGAGUGUGGAGGAGCAGAUGAAGGAUGAGGCCCAGUGUCUGGUGGAGGAGCUGCGGAAAUCCCAGGGAGCCCCCCUGGACCCUACCUUCAUCUUCCAGUGCAUCACAGCCAACAUCAUCUGCUCCAUUGUCUUUGGAGAGCGCUUUGACUACAAAGACGGCCAGUUCCUGCGCCUGAUGGAACUGUUCUAUCAGACCUUUGCACUUGCGAGCUCAUUCUCCAGCCAGCUGUUUGAGCUCUUUUCUGGCUUCCUGAAAUACUUUCCUGGUACCCACACACAAAUCUGCAAAAAUGUGCAGGAAGUCCUCGACUUCAUUGGCCAGAGUGUGGAAAAGCACAGGGCUAACUUGGACCCCAGCGCUCCAAGAGACUUCAUAGAUGCUUACCUCAUACGCAUGGAGAAGGAGAAGACCAAUAAACACACAGAGUUCCACCACCAGAACCUCCUGAUCUCUGUGCUCUCCCUCUUCUUUGCUGGCACCGAGACCAGCAGCACCACACUCCGCUAUGGCUUCCUCCUCAUGCUCAAGUACCCCCGGGUUGCAGAGAAAGUCCAGAAGGAGAUUGAUAAGGUGAUCGGCUCACACCGCCUACCAACGCUUGAGGACCGCACCAAAAUGCCAUACACUGACGCGGUCAUUCAUGAGGUUCAGAGGUUUUCAGAUCUUGUACCUAUGAGUCUGCCACACAAAGUCACCAAAGACACACUGUUCCGAGGGUACCUGAUCACCAAGGACACUGAAGUGUACCCCAUCCUGAGUUCAGCUCUUCAUGACCCACGGUACUUUGAGCAACCGGACACCUUCAAUCCUGACCACUUCCUGGAUGCCAAUGGGGCACUGAAGAGAAGUGAAGCAUUUCUGCCUUUCUCCGUAGGAAAGCGCACGUGUCUUGGCGAAGGCAUCGCUCGCAAUGAGCUGUUCCUUUUCUUCACCGCCAUCCUCCAGAACUUCUCCGUGUCCAGCCCUGUGGACCCUCAGGACAUCGACCUCACUCCCAAGGACAGUGGCAUCGGCAAAAUACCCCCAACAUACCAGAUCUGCUUUCUGUCCCGCUGCUGAUU